AUGUCGGAAACACCUGAACCGACUGGGAGCUUAUCAAAUAGUUUAGAUGGUCAACCUGAACCAGCAGAUCAGUUGAGCUCUUCACAACCCGUCAAAAUAGAGAAAAAAAAUGGAAGGAGUAGGAAUGAGACAUCUGCAAAUACGGAGGAAAACAAAAAUACACGAUCACAGUUUGGGCAGUCCAUGCCAUAUGAGUCCGAGAACUCCCGACUAAAGCAUAAGUGCCAGGAUUUGAAGCAGAAAAUUCAUGAUUUGGAGACCCAGAACAUUCUUAGUGCAAUAGCAACAUCUAGAGCAAAGAAUACUAUCGAAAGGUUACGAUUCGAGUAUGUUAUUUUGUUGGAAACUCUUGAGCGGAAGGCUUUGGCACUCCCAAUAGCGAAUGCUGAUAAGUUGGAUGCUGACGAUUUAGACAAGGAUAAUAUUGAUUCACUUAGAUUGGCUGAUAUUACGCAACUUUUGUCCGAGACCCCACUUGCAAUGGCUCGGUCAAGUGUUCCACCAUCGGGAAAUCUUUCCGGAAUGAGAAACAUUUUUGGGAGUGGGUCUUCUAGCUCUGGGGGACAUGGUGGAUCAAGAAGAAGACGGGGAAAUGGUAUGAGUGCCGCAAAAAGACGUCUAAGGGAUCCUAACUUACCAAAAAGGCCUACAAAUGCUUACUUAAUAUUUUGUGAUCUUGGAAAAGAAAAGGUCAGGAAGGAUCUUGCAAAGAACAUGAUAGUGAAUCCAGAUAUGUCCAAGGCGAUGACAGAGGCCUGGAAAAAGUUAAGUAAGGAAGAGAGAAAGCCAUAUUAUGAUUUAUACGAGAAGGAUAAAAGAAGAUACCAGCGGGAAGUGAAAGAGUAUCUGAAGAAUAAAAAGAAGGAGCAUGACGGAAAAAGCACAUCGACAGAUCAAGAUGGUAAGGCGCUUAAAAAGCAGAAAGUUGGAAAUGAUGAUGAUGAUGAUGAUGAUGAUGAUGAUGAUGAUCAAGAUGCCACAGAAAGUAAAGAUGAUCAGGAUACUGCUGCCGAGGAAGCGGCUGAAAACGAUGAGGAAGAAGAUGAUGAUGAUAACGAUGAUGAUGAUGAUGAUGAUGAUGAUGAUGACGACGACGACGAUGAUGAGGGAGGUGAUGAUGAGAAUGACGAGGAGAAUGAUGAGGAGGUGGACGAGGAUGAAAAUGAUAAUGAUGCUGAUGCUGAUGGUGUUGAUGAUGAGGAUGAUGAUGCUAAUGGAGAUGCCGAUGAGGAUGCUGAUGAUGAUAUUGAAUCUGAUGUUGGUAAAGAUGAAAAUGAUGUUGGUUUAAGUUCUGACAUGCCAGACCCUGUAGAAAGCCCUACAGUUAAGCAGGAGUCUCCAGAACCAUAG